AUGGGUAUCUCUCGUGAUUCGCGCCACAAGCGCUCGGCCACCGGUGCCAAGCGGGCCACUUACCGCAAGAAGAGAGCCUUCGAGAAGGGUCGCCAGGCCGCCAACACCCGUAUCGGUGCUAAGAGAAUCCACCUGGUCCGCACCCGUGGUGGUAACCAGAAGUUCCGUGCCCUCCGUCUCGACUCCGGCAACUUCUCCUGGGGUUCCGAGGGUGUCUCCCGCAAGACCCGUGUCAUCGUUGUGGCCUACCACCCCUCCAACAACGAGCUGGUCCGCACCAACACCCUGACCAAGUCCGCCGUUGUCCAGAUCGAUGCCGCCCCCUUCCGUCAAUGGUACGAGGCCCACUACGGUCAGCCCCUUGGCCGCAGACGCCAGCAGAAGACCGAGGUCACCGAGGAGAAGAAGAGCAACAGCGUCCAGAAGAAGCAGGCUGCUCGCUUCGCCGACCACGGCAAGGUCGAGGGCGCCGUUGAGAAGCAGUUCGAGUCCGGUCGCCUCUACGCCGUUGUCUCCUCCCGCCCCGGCCAGAGCGGCCGUGUGGACGGCUACAUCCUGGAGGGUGAGGAGUUGGCUUUCUACCAGCGUGCUAUCCGCAAAACACCCAAAGCGAAACCCCAUCCCAAAGCAACACACCCCAAAAUGAACCGCAAACAACCCACCCAAAAGACCACCCUCCUCCUCUUAAGCGACACCCACACCCUCACCCCGCAACCCCCAACAUCCUCACCCUCCCCAUCAUCCUCCCCCUCCUCCCGAGACCAAGACUCCUCCCCGCCACCCCCGGCCUUCCUCGACCCCCUACCGGCCGCCGACAUCCUCAUCCAUGCCGGCGACCUGACCAAAGUCUCGCGGCGCCACGAACACCUCACCACCCUGUCGUACCUGAAAUCCCACCCGGCGCGCCUGAAGCUCAUUAUCCCGGGCAACCACGACAUCACCUUCGACGCGCCCUACUACGAAUCGCUGGGCCACCACCGCCACCGCAACCGGACGGACCACACGGCGCCGUCGGCGACGGCGUCCGCGGCGAACAUCAGCUCGGGGAAGGCGGAGCCGGGCCAGCUGGAGGAUCCCGAGGCGAUUCGCCGGCUGUACACCGGUCCGGAGGCGUGGGAUGCGGGGAUCCGGCUGUUGGGGGAGGGGGUGCAUGAGUUCGAGUUACCGGGGGAAGCACCACAAAAGAGACGGCUGAGGGUGUAUGCGUCGAGUUGGACGCCCGAGUUCUGUCAGUGGGCGUUCGGGUAUGAGCGCGGCGUGGAUCGGUUCAAUCCGCCUGCUGCUGCUGCUGCUUCUUCGUCUGGGACUGGCAUCGACAUCGUGAUCACCCACGGCCCGCCCUACGGGAUCCUGGACCAGGUCGUGCCCAACCAUGUCAGCGUCGGGUGCGAGCACCUGUACCGCGCGGUGAAGCGGGCCCGCCCCCGGCUGCACGUCUUCGGCCACAUCCACGAGGGGUACGGGGCCAUGCGCCGCGAGUGGAGCACGGGCAACGACUCGAUCAUCCAGUGCGACCAGCCGCGCACGCGCGAGGAGCACUGCGCCCGCGUCGACGUCAGCAAGACCAGCAUGAUGCCCUUGAACCCGGGCCAGGAGACCCUGUUCGUCAACGCCAGCGUCGUCAACGUGCAGUAUCAUCCCAUCAAUGCGCCGUGGCUGGUGGAGAUGGAGUUGCCGGUUGUCGAAGGGGAAUGA